GGAUCGCUAAAUAUUGGUUUGGAGACAAGCUGUGUAGCAUCCAUCCCGUCUCACUCGAGGUGCGUAUAAUCCCGCCAGCAGCUUAGAUGGCAAGUAGGCAGGUCCUCAGUCACGAUUAGCCGGGGGCGAUACAAAAGACCUCGCGGCCCACGUAUUCGCGGCGUCCCUGGAGGGAAGACGAUAGCCUAGAUAGGUUUCAGCAUCACGUCUGCUGUCCACUUUUAGGUCCAGGCAAAUCCUGCUCGCCUUCGCGGUACGGUCUGAUUCACACGAUUCAAACCAGAUACAGGAUCCCUUGAAUUCGAUCCUUUAACAGACUGGGUUUCAUAUCAGCUUUACCCAUUUAGGCGGGUGGUUUUUUGCUUGCGUAGUACCCAAGGGUCGAAGCGUACACGGGUUGCUUCAUAUUAAACCCCGUUUCUAGUCUCCGAAUCGUUGAGUUCCUGCCCCGAGGUCGCAUCGAUAUCACCAAGUCUAGGCCCGUACAUUGACAUCGAGAGGCUAUACCUAGCAGAAGUCGAAGUUCCCAGAAGUCUACGGAGCCUCAGAAUAUCGCCACCUUAUAAGCUCGUCUGCGUCGCGAGAGAGGGGGAGAGGCAACGCUGGAUGCGCCCUGAGAUCCGCUCACACCGAGAGAUGAAUCUAUCUGGCAUCCGUGCGUCGAAAUGUCUAACCCUUACCUCGAUCCCAACUACAAUCCGUAUCCCCGGUCCGUCUUGGUCGGGACGGCCGUCUUCUUCAUCAUUCUCCCCAUAAUCUCCGUAGGGGUCAGAUUCUAUGCGCGAUCGGUGAGUUGGGCCAAGGUUGGAAUCGACGACUUGAUCACCAUCCCGUCGAUGCUCAUCUGCAUCGGGCUCUCGAUAACCCAGAUCAUCGCAACGGAGGCCGGAGGGCUGGGAAGCCACCAGGAGCUCGUCGACGGCCAAGUCGCACACACCACGCAGCUGUACGUGUACGAGAAGACCAAGUACACCUACCAACUUCUCGGGACGGUCGGCCUCUGGGUCAUCAAGCUUUCGGUGCUCCUCUUCUUCCGCCGCAUAUUCUCGGUUCGGUCUUUCCGCGUCAUCAACGAUGUCUUCAUCGGCAUCACCGUCGCCUGGGGCAUCGCUUUCACGUUUACCGUCGCGUUGCAGUGCACGCCGGUCUCGACGCUCUGGGAGAAGUUCGAGAUCGAGUACGGAGACUCGUGCAUAACGGUGCAGCCCUUCUACUUUUCUUUAGCCAUCUCCGACCUCAUCCUCGACGUGGUCAUCUUCAUCCUGCCCGUUCCUCACCUGUGGCAGCUCCAACUGCCCUGGAGGGAGAAAGUCGGCGUUGCUGGUAUCUUCCUCUUGGGAUCCAUUGUCGUCGCCAUCGGUAUCACACGGACUAUCAUCUUCGGAUGGGUGAUUUCUUUCACCACCGCCAAUCCGCUCGUCUACUUCUCGGACAUUACCUGGUACACAGCGGGCACAUUGUUCUGGCACUUGGCCGAGAAUGAGGUUGGGCUCCUAGGUUGCUGUCUGCCGACGUACGCGCCGCUGUUCCGGGGCGUGCUGAAGAAGCGCACUACCUUGGGCGCGUCGGGUGGUUCGUCCGGGCUGAGCUCGCACAAGCGGUCCACCCAUACGGCGUACCACCAGCGCCUCGAAGACGAGGAAUCGCUGACCCGGGUGGGAGGUUCUGGACAAGUUACCUCGGCGGGGUUUGAGGAGCAUGCGCUGGAAGCAAUACCCAACAACCGAAUCGUGGUCAACACUAAGAUCCAGGCCGAGAGUUCGGCGGCCUAGCAGAUCUGGAUCCGAUUACCUAGUAGUAGUGGCAUAGCAGUAACUAAUAUCUCGCAACUAGAUAUAGGUACAGGAUAUCUGUGUAAUAUAAUGUCUGUAGCAGUCGCAGAGCCGUCGAGAACGAGGA